AUGUCAACCGUUAACGAUAACAACCAGCUGAACCAACAAGGUCCAACUCCACCACACCACACACCUACAGGAUCCCCUCAUCAGUCCCGUGGAAGUUCGCCUGAAAGUUCCACUUCACGCGUUGAUGAUCUAAACGACCAAACCGUGGAGCAAGACGCUCUAAAGCAAUUGAUUGCGGAACGCGUGAAUAGUGCGCUACAAGCUUUUGUUAGAGGAUUAAUCAAUACGGCGCAAACUCCUCCACCAGUUAAUACAACGACUUUGGAGAACCCACAUUCGGUGCUUGAUAAUUCUAGAAGUGGAGAAAAUCCUAAUGAAUCUCGUGAUGGAGGGUCGGGUAGCUCAGUAAACAUCAUUUUCCUGAGGGUGGUGAAUGAAAGGCAAGCUAAUGAUAAGGUCAUACCAAAAGUCCGGUCCUUGUCUGGCUUUGAUAAUUCAAGCGUUAUUACAAAAGGGGAAGUUCUACUUACCAUAUUUGCAGAACAUGUUGUCAAGGAUACAAAUUUCCACGUGAUAGAGGCGAAUAUGACCUAUAAUAUAUUUUUGGGAAGACUGUGGAUUCAUGAUAUGGAUGUUGUCCCUUCCACAUUGCAUCAACUUAUCAAAUUUCCUUCACAGUGGGGAAUCCAUCAAAUCCGUGGAGAUCAACAAGCUUCAAGAAGUAUCAACUCAGUGGUGAUCGCAAGCACGGUAGCCAAUGAUGCAGAUGCGAAAUAG